AUGGCUGCCACUUUUGGCAAGGGAGAACACAAUCAUAAUCACGACAAUGUCGACCCAGAUUUUGGAAUUGGAGGAACUGGCGGAAUACCGGUUCCAAUGGAUCCCGGUUAUAUCAAAGGAGGUCCUGUAAAUAUUGGUCAAGAUUUUGGAAUGACCGGCUUAGGAGGUGAUGGUGGUGAAUUCAAUAGUAUGCUGAACGGAAACAACGGGUUUGUGAAAGGAGGAUCUGGGGGCGGGUUUAUUGGCAAUGGUCUGGGAAAUAAUGACGCUGGCUUUAUGAAUGGUGGAAGUGGGGGAAUUGUCAACGAUGGGAUGGCAUUAAAUGGCGGAGACGGAUUCCUUAACGGUGGGACAGGGGGUGUGGUUAAUAACGGAGGCGGGAUUUGA